AUGGCUCAAAAUGGUGUGACAAUGAAGCUUCUGAUAGACUCAAAAGGGAAGAGAGUAAUAUUUGGUGAAGCAGACAAGAAGGUGAUAGACUUUCUUUUCCAUCUACUCUCCCUUCCUCUUGGAACUGCAUGCAAGCUUCUCCAAGGUCAAGUCAUGGUUGGUAGUUUGGAAAAUCUAUAUAAAAGCGUUGAAACUUUGGACCGAACUUACUUUCAGGCAGAUGGGCAGAUUAGAGACAAGCUUUUGAAGCCCCAAGUUGUGUCAUUUUGUAGCUCUACUAUGCUGUUGCCUUGCACUACUGAUCCACCACCUUUGCCAACAGUUUAUUUUUGUAGUCAUCCGAGUUUCUUUAGUAAUAGCCGAUGCCGCUCUAUCUACUCCCAUGAUCCUAACGAAGACUGUCCAUCUUGUGGUUAUGAAAUGAGCAGACAGCUUGAGUAUUUGGAGCCACUAACUGAAAACACGACCAACACAAGUAGUAAGAAAGAGGAAGGUUAUGUUAAGGGUGUGGUGAGUUACAUGGUGAUGGAUGAUUUGAGGGUCAUGCCAAUGUCCACUAUCUCUUGCGUUACAUUGUUGAACAAGUUUAAGAUCAAAGAUGUGAUGCUUUGGAGGAACAACUCGUCACUUUGA